CCUCCUUGUCCUCAGUUCCGGGCUAGGAACGCCUUUCCUGAUCGGAAGACGAUCAGCGUCGCACGAGCUAUGCUCUAGCUGAUGCAAUGGGGCUGCUUCUGCUGGAGAGCCGCUGAAAGAAGUGGAGAUUCCGCAGACAGAAUUCUCCAAGCUUGCGGUUUUGAAGUUUCUGGAUAAAACAUUAUGAAACGCACUUUAAAUUAAAAAUACAAGACUUUCCACACUCCUUAAAAUGGCAAAUAUUCCAAAUGAAAGCUUUUGCUCUUUUAAGCCACUUGAACUGUUUGAACAAAUAGCAGCACAAGGAGAAAAAGUCAGAUCACUGAAAUCCAAGAAAGCAUCAAAGGAUGAAAUUGAUGUUGCAGUUAAGUUGUUGCUGUCAUUAAAAGUAACCUAUAAAACAGCAACAGGUCAAGAAUAUAAAGCAGAUUCUCCUCCAACAGAUUUCACUCCAGUAAGUAAUAGUCCAGACAAUGCUGAAGAGGAUGAUUUUGUGGAUCCCUGGACAGUGCAGACAUCCAAUGCAAAAGGAGUGGAUUAUGAUAAACUUAUAGUUCGAUUUGGCAGUAGCAAAAUUGAUAAAGACCUCAUCAAUAGAAUAGAGAGAAUUACAGCACAUAAACCACAUCAUUUUCUACGGCGAGGUAUUUUCUUUUCUCAUAGAGAUAUGAACCAAAUUCUUGAUGCCUAUGAACAGAAGAAGCCAUUUUACCUUUACACAGGCAGAGGUCCCUCAUCUGAGACAAUGCAUGUUGGCCACCUUAUCCCAUUUAUGUUUACAAAGUGGUUACAAGAAACAUUUAAUGUUCCAUUAGUCAUACAAAUGACUGAUGAUGAGAAAUAUUUGUGGAAAGAUCUGACCAUUGAAAAAGCUUACCAGUAUGCUAUAGAAAACAUCAAGGACAUAAUAGCCUGUGGAUUUGACAUUAAUAAAACUUUUAUCUUUUCUGAUUUCUCUUAUAUGGGGACAAGUGUUGGCUUCUAUGAAAAUAUUGUUAAAGUUCAAAAGCAUGUGACAUUUAACCAAGUGAAAGGAAUCUUCGGUUUUACAGAUAGUGACUGCAUAGGAAAGAUAAGUUUUCCUGCUAUUCAAGCAGCUCCAUCCUUUAGCUCAUCAUUUCCAGAGAUCUUCAACAAUAGGAAGGAUAUCCAGUGUUUGAUCCCAUGUGCAAUUGAUCAGGAUCCCUAUUUUAGAAUGACAAGAGAUGUAGCUCCUCGGAUUGGCUAUCCCAAGCCAGCAUUACUGCAUUCUGUCUUCUUCCCAGCCUUACAGGGAGCACAAACAAAAAUGAGUGCUAGUGAUCCUAACUCUUCCAUCUUUCUCACUGAUACACCCAAGCAAAUCAAAACAAAGAUUAAUAAACAUGCUUUCUCUGGUGGCAAAGACACUGUUGAAGAGCAUAGGCAGUAUGGUGGCAACUGUGAUGUAGAUGUGUCUUAUAUGUACCUCACCUUCUUCCUUGAAGAUGAUGACAGAUUAGAACAAAUUAAGCAGGCUUACACAAGUGGAGCCCUGCUGACAGGAGAACUCAAGAAGGUGUUGAUUGAAACACUUCAGCCCUUGAUUGCAGCUCACCAGCAAAGGCGAAAGCAGAUCACUGAUGAAAUGGUGAAGGAAUUCAUGACCCCACGGAAGCUGGCAUUUGACUACUAAUUCUACAAUUGCAUGUUAAUUUAUCAGCACAUAAAGAUCACAUGUUUUUAUACUUUGUUGUUCUUUUUUUGCCUUAAUUAUGUACAGGCAUAAACAGCCCUGCUUGUAAUUAUUAAGUUAUCCCUAUUCAAUUAAUGGUUAUAUGGGGAAACCAUGUGUCUGUACUUGACAAAAAAAAUAGAAAUUAGUUGUACAUAAUAUUUGGACUUCAUAGGUUAGCAAGGUAAUUUAUUUCCUGGAGAAGAUUGUUCUUCCACAAAAUACCUGGUUUCAUGGAGCAUGUUGAUGGGAAGAAAACUGACUUAAAAAAGAAUUCAACUCUGUGGAACAUUUUUACAUCAAGGAAGAUUUCCUUUUUCAUCUCUAACUUAAUUUUUUUGUUACAGUGAAUAUAUAUAUAUAUAUAUAUAUUCAAACAUUUCAUUAUAGUAAUUAUGUUACUAUCUAAAGUUAUGAAGUGUUGAUGGGUUUUACAGUCAUAAGAAUAUUUAUGAUUGUUUUGAAAGACAGAACAGUUUAAUUAUUCUUUGAAUGAUAGCUAGUUGAGAAAUAGUCAAAGUAUGCUGAAAUUUUUGCUGACUUUUACCAAAUCAUGAUACAUAGUAUUUUUAACAUAAAAGCAAUUAUAUCCUAAGAGCAAUAUGAAAUUUACCAGAGUCGAAACUACUCUCUUGUCUUUGUUUCCAAGCAUCCUGAAGUUACAUCAAACUAUUCCAUGAUAUCAGUGAAGUUUAGAUCACAAAGGAUAUGUUUGUUUCUGUUUUGUAUCAAAUGAUUAUAUUUCUAGUGUAAUUGUUCAACAAAAAGUAAUCUUCAGAAUGUAGCUUGUUAUUCAGUAUCUCCUAUAUAUAGAUUCUUGGCUUUGGAUGCAAACGUCAGUAAUGAUUCCAUUGUUUUUCUUUUAAAUAAAGUAAUAGAAUCAUGAGGUGGAAAGAAAUCUAGUCCAACCCCUGGCCCAGUGUAGGAAUCCGCAUACCAUCUUAGAUAAAACUAUCCAAUCUUUUCUUAAAAACAUCCAGUGAUGGAGUACCUGGCAGGCUAUUCCACUUCUUACCAAACUCUUACAGUCAAGAAAUUCCUCCUUAUUUCCAGUUUGGAUCUCUCUUGGUAAAACAACAACUCAUUUUUCCUUAUCCUCAGAUUUAAAUUUACACACUUUGCCCCAUUACAUUCUUUUAUAUAUUGGUAGACUGCAGUCAUGUCUUCCCUUAACCCACUUUUUCUUAUGCUAAACAGACCAAAUGUCAAACUCGGGUGUCACAUGAUGUGUUGCGACAUAUCGCGAUUUUUUUUUUGCAUUGCCAGACCUUGGGUGACCGGGCCUCUGUAUGAUGCAACCGGUCUGUGGGCCAGCAGUUUGACACCCCUGUUUUAACCGCUCUUUGUAGGUUUUAGUUUCCAUGCUCUUUACUGUCUUUGUUGUUGUUCUUUGUCCUCUCCAGUUCCUCAGCAUUCUUUUUGAUUUAUGGCAAUCAGAACUGCAGUAUUCCAGAUGCAGUCUGACCAGUGCAGCAUAUAGUAUAGUACUAUUACUUCUCAUGAUCUUGACAUUAUGUCUAUUGACACAGCCAAAAAGUACAUUGGCCCUUUUGGCAGCUGUGCCAUAUUGCUUAACCUGUAGUUUAUCAAGAUAUCCAGAUCCUUCUUACUGCUAAGCUAAGUGCAGAACCUUAACAUUUGUCAUCACUGAACAUUUUUGGGAUGGGGUUCAAUGUUCAAGUUUUUCGAAGUCCUUUUGAAUCUUUUGCCUAUCUUUUGUAGUGUUAACUAUCUCUCCCUUUGUUUCGUUGACAAAUUUCAUGAGUAUUCUUUCUAUUCCCUCAUCUAAAUAAUUUAUGAAGAUGACAAAGAGUACUGGGCUCAGAACAGAACUCUGAGAUAUCCACAGCUUACCUCUCUUUAUGAAAACAUAGACCCAUUAAGGACCACAAGUUGGCUACAGUCAUUUGGCCAUCUGCAAAUGCAUUUAGUAAUGAGACCAUCCAUCUCACAUUAUCCCAGUUCAGGGGUAGGCAACCUUGGCUCUUUUAUGACUUGUGGACUUCAACUCCCAAAAUUCCUGAGUCAGCUAUCCUGGCUCAGGAAUUCUGGGAGUUGAAGUCCAUGAGUCAUAAAAGAGCCAAAGUUGCCUACCCCGUCCCAGUUUAUCAAAAAGAAGGUAAUCUAGGAAAGAUUAUGAAAAAUCAGAUGGGAUUUCUCUGCUGAUCCAAAAAUGUUUAGAUCAGUGUUCUAGUAUUGAUGAAUCAGGGAACAAGAGUCCUGAUUUGAACUUGAAAGAAGUCAAUAGAAUUAUUCUAUGCUCCUGUUGCCUGUGUCUUGAGAUUUUUUUUUUAAAGUAGCAAAUCCUGUGAAAUAACAAGUGUAUAUAUCUGUGCAAAGCAAUGUAUAGGAAGUGAGAUUGUAUAAGACUGUAAAGUUUACAUCUCAGGAAGACUCCCUACUCCAUACAUAUUUGCUCACAUUAUUUCUAUGCAUUAUCAAGGCUAUUUGUGUUCAAAAUUAUUCUGCAUACCUGGUCUAUUCUCAUAUAAUUUUGUGGUAGGAUAUAUUUUAUUCAACAAAGGCUGUAUGAUAACAGAAUUUUACUUUAUUCCAGCUUAAUUUUUUUCUACUUCAGUGGAAAAAAAAAUACUUUUCAGGAAAAUAGAGCAUUUAUGCAUUAAAUCUCUGCAAAAUCCAUUCAUUAAUAUGCAUUAAUUUGGGAAUUGAUUUUAUAUUUAUUUUCCCCCACUCCUCAAUUACCUGUAAUUGGAAUUAGGAGUGAUUCUAGAUUUGCUGAGAAAAGUAAAAGCCCUUGGAAACUAGAGAAUGGGUGGCAAUGUAAAUGGCUUCAGGGCAAAUUAAUCUGAAGAUUGCUCCUACCCCUUCAAAGAAGCUAUUUUUGUGGUAAAUUUAACUCUUUUUAUAACACAGGAUCUGACUCUACCUUUUCUUUCUCUCCAGUUGACUCUUGCCUUCUCUCCAUCCAGUUUUGUUCCCCCACCCCCCUCAAAAAUCAGUUCUCUUCUUUUCCCUUCAGUUUUAUUUGCAUGCUGGGUUUGGAGUAGGUUUAUUAUUUUGGUUCUUUUUUGCUGGAAAGAGAGGAGAACAGGUGUGUUAUAUGUGAAAAUAUAAAACAUGGAAGCAAUUUUCUAUAUGAGGUUAUUCUGUUAAUAUAAACUUACCCUAUCAACUUUUCUGAACUGUAGAUUUUGACACACAUACUAUAUAUAAGGGUAUCAGAUGUAUUUGGCAAAAAUAAUCUUUAGGACUGCUUUAGCUGAAAUUGUCAAUCAUAGGCUGACUAGAUAUAGAAGUUGGAAAUGUGUAGAGCACUUCUUUUUUUUUCUUUGUGUGGGAUUGUCUGGAAGAUUAUCUGAAAUACAGGUUCCUCCUCCUUUUGAGUAGGUAUGGUACACAUUAAUAACUUGGAAGUUUCCCUAAUUACUUAUUGUACAUCUAAAGUUACAACAACAGCAGCUUUGGGGCAGGAAAAAGGAAAUUGGUAUAGUUGAGUAAAUAACGAGUUUUUUUCUCCAUAGAAAACUUGGAGCUUUUGAUAUAAAUCUGACAUUGCAUUCAUUAGGGUGUAGAUUAGAAGAUAAUGCAACAGAGAAAAAGACUAUAAACUAAGCUAAACAACUGCAGUUCCAUAUGUGUGUGUGUAUACGCAUGCAUGCAUACAUACAUACAUGCAUACAUAUAUACAUACAACACAGAGAGAAUUGAAAAGAAUGUGUCCAGUAUACAUUUGUGCAUUUUUAUUUUUUUCCCUUUUUCAGUAGUACAAUUGUUAAAAGUCCCAUUUAAAAAUAACAAAAAAUUACCAUACUCAAUCAUUUCGUUGAACAAUUUAGUAAUAAAGAGAAUUCUUUGGUGGUGUACAAUAAACUGUAAGAUCUUGUGGAACAAGAUACUUUCAUAUGAAUACCAAUUGUACACAAAUGUGUGCAUAUUUGUUGUCAGUAUCUUCAUACACACAUACAUAUAUACAUACACAUGCACAAAUGCAAAUAAAACAGCUGUAAAGUUCUUUAAAUUUGCUAGUGUGCCUCUUCUUAGUUUUUAGUCAGCUGCUUACACGGCAAGUUGUUGUAAAUAGCAAAUUGUUAUACAUAGCAAAUAUGCAUGCUGUUUAGCCUGGUGGCCUCAAUAUACUGUAAUAUUGAUACGGCUUCCUAAUGUCAAAUUCCUUAAAAAUGUAUAAGAAUCACAAUAAAUUUUACAGUUUAUACAACAGCAUUUUGAAUUUAAUAAGAUAGUUAAGGUGUACAUGGAUCCAGUUAAGGGUUUCAAAGUGAUUCUUGUAAAAGAUGCUUGUAAACUGAAAAGCAUGAAACUUUUUUUUCCAUAUCUUGUGGAUUAUUAUCAGAAUCUGUACUGUAAACAGAAAAUUAAAUUAAAUAGGUUUUGUUUGGCUGA